AUGAGUCUUCGUAGAUUUAUUGCUCGAAGAGGUCGUAUAGACGCCAUUUUCACGGACAACGGAACAAAUUUUCGAGGGACUGCCAAUUUACUGAAGGAUAUUAAUUGGCAGGAGGUUGAAAGUGUGACGGCAGUCCAUGCUAUAAAGUGGCGUUUUAUUCCACCUAGAACUCCUUGGUGGGGAGGUUGGUGGGAGAGGCUCAUUAGAGUAUUAAAGGAGAUGUUGCGAAGAAUAUUGGGGCGUCAGCGAUUGACUUGGGUAGAGUUGGACACAGUCUUGUGCGAUUGUGAAGCUGUCAUUAAUAGUCGGCCACUAACAUAUGUCUCGACUUGUACCGACGAUUUGCGGCCACUUACACCUAUGUUAUUUCUACAUGGCUUACCUUCUAAUGAUACUUCUGAUUUAGAUUAUGUAGAUAAUAUGAAUUUAAAUGUAAGAUACAAAUAUUUACAAAAGUUGAGAGAAGAUUUCAGAGUUCGUAAGGAGUAUUUGGCUUUACUUACAGCUAGAUGGAAGGAGAAGACAAUAGAAAUGAAGAAAGGAGAUAUAGUUCUAGUAGAGACAUACGCGAAAAGGCUAUUUUGGCCCUUGGGGUUAAUCAUGGAAGUAGUUACCGGGGCUGAUGGUGUUACUCGUUUGGCUAGAGUCAAGACUCAAAAAGGUGAAACUUUGAGACCAUGUCAGAGAUUGUAUCCGCUUGAGAUUUCAAAUGAUUCUGACCUCUUGCAACGAGCUGAAGUAACGAUAGAGGAUGAGAAGUUAUCAGUAAGUUCAGAUAGUCCCGACUUACCCUCCUCGGUUACAAGUGGCGCGAAGGUGACGAAAACAACGCGGUGCGGUCGAAAUGUGAAAUUGCCUGCUCGGUACUUAUGA